AUGCGACUCCCCGGCCCCCGCGCGCUCCUCCUCCUGCUGCUGCUCGUCGCCGGCUCGGCGCAGCUCGGCGCCCAGUCCUUCUUGCUUAUUUUGCUUUUGGUGUCAAAUCCAAAAAAAAUUUUCAUGCAGGUAAUGGGUCAGGUCAGACGCGGCCACACUGAGAGCUGCCUCAGCAAGCAGCAGGUCCUCACGGCCAUCCGCCAGUUGCAGCAGCUGCUGAAGGUCCAGGAGACCCGCUUCGCCGAGGGCCUCCGCAACGUGAGGAGCCGGCUGGCUGCGCUCCAGAGCUCUGCCAACAGAGUGGGUCCCGACAGCCCCCCAGUUUCCUGCCCUGCUCUGAACGCCCCUCCAGACGGCAGGAAGUUUGGAAGCAAGUACUUAGUGGAUCACGAAGUCCAUUUUACCUGCGACCCCGGGUUCCAGCUGGUGGGGCCUAGCAGUGUGGUGUGUCUUCCCAACGGCACCUGGACCGGGGAGCAGCCCCACUGCAGAGAUAUCAGCGAGUGCUCCAGCCAGCCUUGCCAGCACGGGGGGACGUGUUUGGAAGGAGUCAACCAGUACACAUGCGUCUGCCCUCCAGGAAGGACCGGGAGCCGCUGUCAGCACCAGGCCCAGACUGUCGCCCCCGAGCGCCAGGCCGACGACCCCGCCUUCAGCCGCGCGCCCCGCUGCGCGCAGGUGGAGAGGACCCGGCACUGCAGCUGCGAGGCCGGUUUCCAGCUGAGCGGCUCUGCUGGCGGCGACAGCGUCUGCCAGGAUGUGAAUGAAUGUGAGCUCUAUGAGCAGGAGGGGCGCCCCCGGCUCUGCAUGCACACCUGUGUGAACACACCUGGCUCCUACCGCUGUGCCUGCCCCAGCGGGUACCGGACCCUGCCCGACAGGAAGAGCUGUGAGGAUAUUGAUGAGUGUGGGAGCUCACAGCACCUGUGUCCCCGGGGGACCACAUGCAUCAACACUGGUGGAGGCUUCCAGUGUGUCAGCCCUGAGUGCCCGGAGGGCAGCGGCAACGUGAGCUACGUGAAGACUUCUCCCUUUCAAUGUGAGCGAAACCCCUGCCCCAUGGACAGCAGACCCUGCCACCACCUGCCCAAGACUAUCUCCUUCCACUACCUGUCUCUGCCCUCCAACCUGACAACGCCCAUCACGCUCUUCCGCAUGGCCAUGGCCUCGGUGCCCGGCCGACCCGGACCCAACAGCCUGCGGUUUGGCAUCGUCGGUGGGAACAGCCGCGGCCACUUUGUGAUGCAGCGCGCAGACCGCCAGACCGGGGAGCUGAUCCUCGUCCAGCCCCUGGAGGGGCCGCAGACGCUGGAGGUGGACGUUGACAUGUCAGAAUACCUAGACCGCGCUUUCCAGGCCAACCACGUGUCCAAGGUCACCAUCUUCGUGUCCCCGUAUGACUUCUGAGGGUGCUUGAGCACGGGGCGUGGCGAUCUGGGCUCACGUCUCUUCAAAGCCUCGGCUGUGGGC